UGGAACAAACUGCUUCGACGUUGUUUGUGCUAAUAUAAUACAUUACGAUCGAUUAGUAUAAAUUCAAUAGUUAAGAGUAUAAGACAAUAAUAGAAAAUGACACGUUCGACCAUUCGCGCCUUUAAAUAUUAGCGGAACACUUCUAUUGGUCUUUCAUCGUUAUAUUUGAAUAUCAACAAGUAGUUUAUUUUUUUUUUUUAAAUCUUUAGAUAUAAAAUUAAGUGCAUGGAAUAACAAAUGAGUGAUGUGACGUGAAGAUAUAAAUAACGAAUAAAUAUUCACACAAAAAAAAAUUGUCACGACAGAGAAAAAAAGAAGAGAGAGAGAGAGAGCACAUAUGCAAGUGUUUUGUGAGCGUACGAUAGACAUACAUAGAUAGUAAAUGAUCGUUGUAUUGUAGUUAAUAACGUAUGUUUACCUCAGACCAUGUGUGUUUACAUUUUUUCUUUUUUCACCAACAAUCGAACAAGUGUCGCUUCUGAUCGACACAACGAAAGGAUAAAUCAACUGUGAAACGCGUUUAAUGAAAAGUUGCUUGAUAUUAAACUGUUCGUUUCAUCGAUCAAUUAAAAAUCAUUUCUAUCAUGUGGAAUUCGUUGUGUUGUAUGGGAUUAACUAUAGCGUCGAGAAUGAUCAGCACUUAUACAUUGGCAUUCUCGAUACUUCUAAUAAAUGUUUUUACGAGUCAACUAUUAAUAAAAGUUCCCGAAAGUGAUUUCUUUAAAACUCUCGAAUCCUGGGCUCCCCUUGGCUUGAGUUGGACAUCUAUCUUCAAACAUAUUCAAUUAAAUGAUUCAUGUGAAAUAAUCGUCAUUGCUUGUUCUACUAUAAUCGUAUACAGCUUGUUGUUUUUUUUUUCAAGCGCGUAUCUUGCUUACGGAACUACCGUGAGAGAAUCUAAGUAUGCCGGACCAUGGUUAUAUUUCCAAAUGAUUAACAUAAUAGAUCAGACAAUAUUUCUGAGUAUCCAAUUGUUGGAAGAAGGUUACGAUAUAUUUAAAAAAUUCACGCUAUACGUAAUAUUUUGUUGCAUUUAUCUGAUAAUCAAUAUAUACUUCUGGAUGAUCGUGGAUGGUGCUCGUAAAGAAUGGUCAAUACCAAUUGAAAAUCCAGUCCCACAAACAUCCGAAAAUCUUAUUACCAACCAAGUUCCAGCUAAAUCACCGUCUUACGUAUCGACGAAUCUUAUGGUUAAUCAACAACCGAUGCCUGAACAAUCUAACGAUUUACCAUCUUACGAUUCUUUGAACAACGCGACAUGAAACUAAUACAAUUAUUUAUUAUUAUUCAUUGUUCAUCAACAACGAAUUAUUCAAAUACUUUUGUUACCUCGUAUCGAUAUCAUAUGCCUGGAGAAAAAUAAGGAACAGACUGCGUUUAGUUUUUUUUUUUACAUUAUUAGAAUCAUUUUUUUUACGUUAUUAGAAACGAUUAGGAAAACAAGUUACAUUUUUUCGUUUUUUUUUUUAAUUUCAAAAAGCAAUUCUUUUUUCCGUUGGUUUUAUUUCAAGCACCGGACACGUGCCCCAUAAAAUUUUCACAAAAAUCUCACAAGCAAUUUAAUAUAAUUUAUUUGCAUUAUUUCUCUCGAGUUAAUCAUUUUAUAAUAUAGUUGAGUAAUAUAUAUAUAUAUACUAUUCGUUUACGUAAAAAUAUACAUUUCAAUAUGAAAUAUAUUUGAUCAAUAACCAAGACAUUUUUAUUAGCAAACAACUAACGUAUUACCAUUUUUCUAUUUUCCCUAGCAAUUUACGAUACUUUCUUGUAGAAUUUUUUAAAGUUAAUAACGCGUAAUAAUCAUUGAUGAUAUUUUUCUUUUCGUUCAAUGGAACUAUCGUAUUUCUCUUUCUUUCUUUAUAUAUAUAUUUCGUUUUCUCCUACGCAGAAUAGAUAUCCUUCUUACAAAUAGAAAGGCAAGAAAAAAAAAAA